AUGGGGGUUCAGCAGAACACUCCUCUUGUUCAACAGAGCACUCCUCUUGUUCAGCGGAUAGAUCAUCAGGGUCCGACCAUUCUGCUUCCAUCUCUCGACAUCCUCGGUAGGGGGCAGACCACUGUCUUCCUCCCGAUGCUCACUCAACAGCCAGUGCCACUCACGAAACUUUCGGGGGAUGUUCAAAGCACGACGGACCUUAGGCAUGUUAGGCCCAAGCGCCAAUUGCUUGCUGAUAUUGUUCACUAA